AUGAUACCUUUUUUAAAUAGAACUACUCAAAAAAAUUCAAGUCUAAUUUUAAACUAUAGUAAAUGUUAUAGAAAGUUACUAUCAAGUCAAUCCAUAUUGACUAAUCAAUUGAGUUCAAGAAAUCUUAUAACAUAUGGAAAACGUCAAUCAGUCCUACAUAAUAGAAGCGUUUAUCUAGUGAACUCCGAGGUUAUCAAUGUGAAAAGGUUUGUUUCUACUUUUGUUCCAAAAUUAAUAACAAGGGUAAUAAAAGUACCAGCUUACAUUGGCGGGUUAUUUGCUGCUACAGGAAGUUACAUAGCAUACAAAGUGGAAGGUUUAAAAGAAAAUGAAUAUUUAAGUAACUUACGAGACUUUUUCAAUGAUAUGUUAUCUAAUCCAGAUGGAAGUCAGAACGGUAAUAAUAACAAUAAUGACAAUAAUACAGGCAGUUCUGUUGCUAUGAGCACUGGGAUAAUUGCUUCCACACAAAAUGAUGAAGACGAUAGCGAAGACGACGAUUUAUUAGAUGAGGUAGAUAACACUAAUGAUGUCAUGUUGAAUUUAACAAAACAGAUGAUAGAAAUAAGAUCAAUAUUAAAUAGAAUUGAUACUAAUUCAAGCCAUUUAACAUUACCAUCAAUCGUUGUUAUUGGUUCACAAUCUUCUGGUAAAUCUUCUGUAUUAGAAUCAAUCGUUGGAAAACAGUUUCUACCGAAAGGUUCCAAUAUGGUAACGAGAAGACCAAUCGAAUUAACUUUAGUAAAUACCCCAAAUUCAAAAGAGACAACGGCUGAUUUCCCAUCAUUAAGGAUCUAUAACUUAACUGAUUUUCAAGAAGUUGAGAGGUUACUAGUAGAUGCUAAUUUAAGCGUUCCAAUACGCGAUGCAAUUUCAGAAGAGCCAAUUCAACUAACAAUCAAAUCUCCAAACGUACCAGAUUUGUCAUUGGUUGAUUUACCAGGUUAUAUUCAAAUCGAAGCUGCUGAUCAACCAAUAGAAUUGAAAUCGAAAAUUUUGAAAGUAUGUGAUAAUUAUUUGCAAGCACCAAACAUUAUAUUAGCUAUCUCGUCUGCAGAUGUUGAUUUAGCAAAUAGUUCUGCGCUAAUGGCUUCCAAAAAGGUAGACCCAACUGGCUCUAGAACCAUAGGUGUUAUUACAAAAUUGGAUUUAGUGGAUACAGAAACUGCAAAAGCCAUUCUAAAUAACAAAAAAUACCCACUUAAAAUGGGAUAUGUCGGUGUUAUUACAAAAUCCAUGAAUAACAAAAAAUCAUCACUUUUUGAAUAUUCAAAAUCAGGCAAAGAUAAAAAUUUACUAAGUCAGUCGAAGCAAAAUGCAACGAAACAAUUUGAGAGAAGUUACUUUGCCGAACAUAAGGAUGCUUUCAAAAAUUGCCAAGUUUCAACCAAAAAACUAAGAGAAAAACUAAUCAAAAUAUUAGAAAUAUCUAUGUCAGAUGCAUUGGAACCAACUUCCAAAUUAAUCCAACAAAGCUUAGACGAUACAGCUUACCAUUUCAAAGUAGAGUUUAACGAUAGACAAUUGACAGCUAAGUCAUAUUUAUUGAAUAAUGUUGACAUUUUUAAAUUAGCAAUAAAGCAAUUCCAAGAAAAUUUCAAUAGAGCUGAGCCUACUUCCAUUUUAAAAGCUGAUCUAGAUCAAAAUGUGCUAGAUUUCCUAGCAACAAGAUAUUGGAAAGAUGAAAAUUUAUCCGAACUUUCGAGUAAUGACAUUAGUGAAAAUGAAAUGUUAUAUUGGCAUAAGAAACUUGAUCUUGCCUCUUCAAGUCUUACAAAAAUUGGUAUCGGUAGAAAAUCUACAACAUUGAUCACUAAUGCUAUUUUAAGGGAGCUAAAUAAUAUACUCGAUAAUUCUCAACUGAAAAAUCACGAUUUGAUUAAAGAUUUAGUGACUGAUACAGCAGCUACUGUAUUAAAUAGUAAAUAUUACACUACUACAGAUCAAGUAGAAAAUUGUAUCAAACCAUUUAAAUAUGAAAUUGAUAUUGAAGAAAGAGAUUGGAUUAUCUCAAGAGAACAUGCCGUUAAUUUGCUAAAGGAAGAAUUAAAACAAUGUAACGAAAAAUACCAAACUAUUAGAAAUGCAAUUGGGAGUAGAAAGCUUCAACAUGUAAUAUCUUAUUUACAAAAGCAUAAACCAUCAGACAAUAAAGAAACAUUAGGUAUGUCGAAACUUCUACUUGAAAGAGGUGCAGAAGCAAUGUUUCUAGAAAAAAGGUCUAAAGUUCUAAAUUUUAGAUUAAAAUUAUUAAGAACCAAAUGUAAUUCUACAUCCGAAAAAGAUAAAUGUCCAGAGAUUUUUCUAGAUGCAGUUAGCGAUAAGCUAACAUCUACUGCAGUAUUAUUUCUAAACGUUGAGUUGCUAAGUGACUUUUUUUACAAUUUUCCAAUUGAAUUAGAUAGAAAAUUAAAUCUGUUAACUAAUGAGCAAAUUGAACUGUUUGCAAAGGAGGAUCCAAAAAUUUCCAGGCACAUAGAAUUACAGAAAAGGAAAGAGUUGUUAGAGUUAGCUUUAAGCAAGAUUGAUUCACUUCUUGUCUUUAGAAAAAGUUAUAAAGGUAUGGCAAAGCGCAAUUACCGUGAUUAA